GCCAUGGCCUACUUAAGGUCAUAACACACAAAACAAUCAUUUGGACUACAACAGUCAAAACGAACAGGAAACUGAACUGAAUUCAUUUAAAUGCUCCAAGUCUCCCAGGACACAGUUUAAGGUUGAACAUGGGAUUUUCUGUCCGCUGGAGUUGGUUUGCUGCACUUUGUCUCCUUUCUAUGGGAGGUGAAGUUCGGUGUGAUUGCACGGAGGCGAAAAUGCAAAUUGAGGGAGGUCAUUACAAACUGACCAAGAAGCUGGAAACGGGCAGCCUGCUGAUCUACGAGUGUCCUGAGGGUUACUACCCAUUUCCGGCUUUGACCCGCUUGUGCCAGCCUAACGGCAGCUGGAGACCAGCGCCCAAGAGAUUUGCCCCUCAGAGAUGCAGGAUUGCCGAAUGCCCAGACCCCAAUGUGCUGGAGUAUGGAAACGUCUCCCCUCCUCAGGAGAAGUACUUUGUGGACAAUGAGACCUCAUAUGAGUGCUACUCUGGAUACACAAUGCGAGGCUCGUCCACACGUGUUUGCUUACCCAACGGGAAGUGGAGCGGCUCCACUCCCAUCUGUAGCCGUGACACAGGGGAUAAUUGCGCUGAUCCUGGUGUGCCCCCUGGCGCCUCAAGAACAGGGAACAUGUUUGAAAUUGACGACACAGUGAAAUACAGCUGCAACGGCAACCUGUUCUUGGUGGGGUCCAGUGAAAGAGUGUGUCAGGAGAACGGCCAGUGGACCGGCAAAGAGCCAGCAUGCUACUACACAUACACCUAUGACACUCCACUGGAGGUUUCAGAGGCGUUUGGCAGUGCAAUCAAAGACAGCCUCACCACCUUAGAGCCAGUUGAUGACAUGCAGGAGGGGAGAAAAAUCAGGAUUUCAAAAAAUGGGACACUUAACAUCUAUAUCGGAGUGGAUAUUUCUGAGAGCAUCGAAGAGAAGCACAUAAAGGAUGCAAGGGAUGCUGUCUCAAAACUUGUUACAAAGAUUUCAUCCUUUACCGUGACUCCAAACUAUGAAAUCGCCUUUUUCUCCUCUGAUGUAUUUGAAGUUGUCAACAUUCUUGAUUAUUUGGACAAUAAAAUAGAACUAAGUACCAUCAAGACUGAAAUGCAAAAAUUUGAAAUAGGUGACAGAAACACUGCUGGAACAGACCUAAACCUCAUCUUCAAGACCUUCUUGGAGCGAAUGGCUAUCAUAAAACAACGAGCUGGAGACAAGGGUUUUAAGGAACAUCGUCACGUCCUUAUCAUUUUUACAGAUGGUGCUUAUAAUAUGGGCGGUUCACCUGCACCCACUGUGGCAAAAAUAAAAAACAUGGUAUAUAUGAACCACACUAGUGAAGGGGAAACUCAAUCAAGAGAAGAAUAUCUUGACAUUUAUGUUUUUGCCAUUGGAGCGGAAAUCUUUGACGACGACCUGCAGCCUCUCACAGCGGGAACUGGUGGCGAGCAUUACUUCAGAAUGAAGAACAUUGAAAAUCUACAAGAAACCUUUGAUGACAUAAUUGAUGAAGAAGAAGUUAAGGGUCUAUGUGGUCUUCAUAAGGAGUAUGAGACAGCCAGCAGAGACAGCAAGAGGAAAAUGUAUCCAUGGAUGGCAUUCAUUUCCGUCCAGAAUGAAGAAACGUCAAAGAAAUGCAUCGGCUCUCUGGUGACCCCUCAGUUUAUCUUGACUGCUGCUCACUGCUUUGCAUUUGGAGUUUUACCGGAGCACAUCACAGUUGACAUUGAUGAUGGACAGGGCAAAGUGAAAAAAGUUAAAACUUUGAAAAUACACCCGAACUACAAUGUUAAUGCUAAAGCAAAUCAGGGUGUGAAGGAGUUCUACGACUAUGAUGUGGCUCUCAUCCAACUGCAGGAAGAUGUUCAAAUAUCCAACGCUGUCAGACCCAUUUGCAUACCUUGCACAGAGGAGACCAGUGGUGCUCUAAAACUGGUUGGUGAGUCCACCUGCAAGCAGCAAGAGCAGCUUUUGUUGAAGAAUCAUCUUGAAAAACUGUCUUUCCUGACCAAAACAGACAACGUGGUAGAUGAAAAAGACGUCCACGCUAAGCUCGGUGGUAAUAGAGAUGACUGCAUCAAACACGCACUACAGGCAGCAGGCAUAACGACAAACAAUCCAAAGGAUGCUGUGACUGAUAACUUCCUGUGUACUGGUGGUCAGACUCCUUUCAGAGAUCAUAUAGCAUGUACAGGUGAUUCUGGAGGCGCUGUGUUCAAGAAUUACGAGCAUCGCACGAUACAGGUUGCAUUGGUCAGCUGGGGAACUAAAAAUAAGUGCAAGGCAGGUGGUCUCGUCGAGUCAGAUGACACCUCCAGAGAUUUCCAUAUUAAUCUUUUCAGAGUUAUCCCUUUUCUCAAAUCUAUCCUUGGAAAUGACACCCAGGAUGUAUAUGCACCACUUAAGUUUUUGGAGAACUGAAUACAUUUACGUGCUGGAAUUUGUGGCUCAGUAGCUCAUGUUAUUUUUCUGAUUGAUGCACAGAUGACUGAACUCAUCCAAUCACUCAGUCAGUCCUUUUUGUCAGACUGUGAGUUCUAAAUAUAAAAGAUUUCAGAUAAAAUAAAAAGCAUUAAAAGCAUACAUAUAUACACAAACUCAAACUGCACAAUCACAGUCAUUCAAACAGUUGUCAGAUAUGCUGAUCUGUACUUUACCAUCAUUUAUUCAGUCUUUUCAGUGGUCAACCAGUAUGUGAAGAAUGAAUAAAUCAGCACUAACCUGUGUCUUGAUGUUUUUGAAGAGAUACUAAUCAAGUGGUUAACACUCUGUAUCAAUUUAGUGAUAUGACAUUAUCAACACUUAGUAUUUAAGUGAUUUUUCUAUGCAUCAAAAUGCUCAUACUGCCUCCAGUGUGGAGGUGAUGAGUGAGAGAAAUCUUCUCAAAGACACACAGCCACAGCAGCUACAGCAGCUACAGCCCUGAUGAAGCUGCUUCACUGCUGGUUCAACAACAACAAUGACCAUAUUUUAUAAUAUAACAUGUAAU